AUUAUGAUUGUGACAUAAUUUCCUCUUCUCUCAAUAAUAGUAAAAUUCAAACUUAAAUGUAUUAAUAACAUAUUUGUUCAUUAAUAACUAUUUUUUAAUUGAUUACAAUCAUGUUUUAAUUUAUUGAAGUAGUCAUAAAAGAAAAAGAUGAUGAAUAAGCUUCAAAACACCGUAAAAUAUUUACGGUUAAUAAAUCUCAAAACAUCACUAAAUACUAUUAAAGAAUGUCAACCGGCAAGAUAUCCUAUGGAAAAAUGUUUAAUAUCCAAAGCGAAAACCUUAUCCUUCGCACCGAGAGGUUUAACAGUGGAAAUAGCUGAUAACAAUAAUAUUGUGAACAAAAUUAGACAGGAUCCUAUUCCAUACGUUCCUAUUAUUAACCCUCGUUCUAUUUUGCCUUUGAUUGAAUCAAAUUGGAGGAAAGAUGAGAUUGGUUUACCAGCGAUACAGAAGGAGGAAAUUCAAGCAAUUAGGUUAAUUGUAAUUAGAAGGAAAAAGAUGAAGAAACAUCAGCGUAGAAAGCUGUGGAAGAGGAUGAGACACCGCUGGGCACGGGUGAGGCAACAUCGUCGUCAACACAAAGAGAAAGUUUUCCAGAACAGCCUUCUGGCUAUGGUUAAAGAGGCCAAUGACUUUUCAGCUGAACAAUAUGUUGCUGAGAAGCUGAAGAAGGUGAACCACACACCAUUACCAACUCGGUGGAGACACAAGCGUCUUCCUGCAUUCAUCAUCAGACAAUUACUGGGAAUAGACAAGAAAAUCAAUUAUAAACACACUGAUGUGUACAAGGCAUAAUUUGUAAACAGUUAAAUGUGUAUAUGACUUUAUAUUCAAUGAUAAAGAAGUUGCAUUUUUAAUUUUCAAUAUUUGAAAUUAGAAUAAAGAACAUAGUAUCACUUCACACUCUGAUUGUCUAUUUUUUUUUUAAUGCUACAGAAAUUUAGUAAACAGCUUUGCAUCUAUAAAUCUUUCUAAUCUGUGUACAAAUGUAAACAUACAAUAUGAUACUGUGGCAUAGCCAUAACCUAAUACACUAAACAAAAAUUAGGUCUAUGAAAAAAGGCUGUUUUUUUGUAAUUUUAACAUUUUUAGUAUCUGAAAUUUCUGAACAUAAUAUUGCAAAACUCAUAUUACAGAAGCAAUAGUAAGAAUGAAUAAGUUAUUUAGUUUUA